AGAGGUCAGAGUUUGCUGUCGUUGGCGCUGGAGGGCAGUGCAGCUGACAUGGCGAACGUUGGGGAUCAAACCCGGGACGUCCUGUGUGCAGGACGGUCGGGUCGUCUGUCUGUAAGAGUCCAGACUGAUCCCGAGGUAAGGCGUGGUGUGUUCGCUGCUCAUGGAUCAGCAGGAAGAGUCAACAAUCAGUGUUGACUCAGCAGCUCUGUUUGCUGCCAAACUCGAAUGGAUGAUAACAGAGCCGGCUUUCACUGAAACUCAGCUGCUCAAAGGGCUGGACGACAGCCUGCAGCAGUACAUCCCGUCCUUCCAGCGGCAGCAGGUGGACGGAGAGAAGCUGCUCAGGAUGUCCCACCAGGAGCUGCUGUCUCUGGGCGUGACGCGGGUCGGACACCAGGAGCUGGUGCUGGAGGCCGUGGACCUGCUCUGCGCCCUGAACUACGGCGUGGAGUCGGACAACCUGAAGACUCUGAUGGGGAAGAUGAGAGCGGCGCACCACAGCCUGAGCAGCGCCGUGUCGCAGCGCAGGAAGAACCCCGCCUACCACAGCAAAAUCUCCCAUCAGCCCUCCAACGACUUUCUCACCGCCGUGGUUGAGCUGAUCGGAGCCGCCAAGGGUCUGCUGGCGUGGCUGGACAGGACUCCUCUGACGAGCGCCAACGACUUCACCUCCACCAAGAGCAGAAUCAUCCAGCUGUGUCUGGAGCUCACCUCCACCGUCCAGAAGGACUGUACUGUUUAUGAGAUUGAAGAGAAGAUUCUGGAAGUGUCCCGAGCUCUGAAUGCCAUCUGCGAGAAGACCGUUCAGGCGACCUCUGACCCCUUAAAGAGUGAGAUGGCCUGUCUGGAGGAGGUGCACAUCACCAACGUCAAGCCUGGGGAGGGACUGGGUAUUUACAUCAAGUCCACCUACGACGGGCUUCACGUCAUCACAGGAACAACAGAGAAUUCUCCUGCAGAUAAAACCCAGAGAAUUCAUGCAGGAGAUGAAGUCAUUCAGGUCAACAGGCAGACUGUGGUGGGCUGGCAGUUGAAGCACCUGGUGGAAAAGCUGAGGGCGGGGUCUGGAGGUGUCAUCAUGGUGGUGAAGAAAAGGCCGUCUGGAACCUCUGGUGGGUUUGCGCCUGCGCCGCUGAGAAACCUGCGCUGGAGGCCACCACGCGUACAGACCCCUCAGGGAGCUCCAGGUCUGUACAGAUCCCCGCAGCCGGAAACCUCAGACGCUCUUGGAAAGAGAGGGAAGACAGCCAUACUGGAUCUGUACGUCCCUCCUCCACCUGCAGCACCUUAUGUCCCGCUAGACGCAGACGUGAACGUAUCACCAGGUGUGAAAAUGAGGCCGAGGUCUCCCAACUCGUGCCUGGACGCAGACGCACGGCGACGCCUCACUGAUGACAACAGGACGUCCUUCAGCCCCCCACCUGAACUCAACCAGCCAAUCCCUGUCCGCCUGAGACAGCGCUCCUCCACACGCUGUAAACCUCGACCCGUCUCCAUGCCAGUGGAGUCGUUUUCAGGAGCGUCUGACCCGUCCUGCAGGCCCGGGUCUCAGAUGAGGAAAGGGCAGGACGUUCUGCACAGAUAUCUGAGCAACGAGCGAAUCAGCACCAUCAAGGAGGAGGAGCCGUGUUUCCCGCUGCCGUACCGAGGUCACCCGUCUGCCCGCGGCGUCGACCACAUCCGAGGCAGCCAGUGCUUUAUCAACGCCGACCUGCACAGCAGCGCAACCAUCCCUUACCAGGAAGCAGCGUCCAAAAAGUCUGCAGCCGUUUCUCCUCCUCCGGCGGCCAGCAAGCAGUCGACGUCGCUGCUCGGAGGCUGGCUGGCUCGUCUCAGGCUGCUCAGCCACUGACGGGGUCUCCAGGUUAGUUACGACUGAAUUCUCCUCUGGCUCCUUCAGGAGGUGGAGUAUUCUCAGCCUGAGCCUCAGGACGCGGCAGGAAAAAAGCUUUUCAGUAUCUGUUCACAGAAAGAAACAAACCGCUUCACCACAGAGCAACAGGGUUCUGCCGAGUCUCCGUUUUGUCUUCAGGAUUUCAGUUACCGCCAUGAACCCCCGUCGGCCCGCCCGUCUCGGUGAGGCUCAGAUGCACUCCAGGACCCCGUGCAACAUGAGACAUCCAACCACAGAAACUUUUUGCACAGUUUCAUAGCCGCGCAGCUCAGUGGAUGGAGAUGUUGGUCUGAAGGUCGGUUAGCCGCUUUGGUCCAGGCCGAAAUAUCUGAAAACUGUUGGAUUUUAAUAAGAUGAGAAAUUUGUGCAAACAUUCGUGGUCUCCAGAGGAUGAAUACUACUGAUCGCACCACCACGAGUUUGACAUUUGUGUUUUUAAUGGAAUAUCUGGAGUUGACGUUCAUGACAUGACGCACGGUUAAGUGGAUCCAGAUUUAUUCUGCAGUUUGAUCACCACGGCUCUGCAAUACGCCAAAACUUCUGUCAAGACAAACACGUGUGAAACAUACCUCUCUUUUAGCCUUAAAGACAUUUAAGAAGAAAUGAAUUUAAUUGCUGAAACCUCAACUUCUCGUGUUGAAUUUAUUUAGAAAGUUUGGGCCUUUUUUGGAAUAUUGCUGAUGAGAAGGAUGUGGGAAACUAAGCAGGAACUACAUAUUUCAGACUGAUAUCAAAGUAGUCUCCAAAUACUUAAACCAGGUCUGAAUUUGAAACCGUUUCGAAUAUGAAAAAUGAGAUUCGGUUAACAAACUCAGUGACAAGUUUGAAUGCUGAAAAUAACCUUUCAGUGGCUGACAAAGUUUGGACCUGUUCAGGUUCCAUACAGGAAGUUCAGCUUGUGCAGGGAAACUUCAUGGCCUUUUACCCAAAAUGCUUAAAAAUGUCUUUUAUUUUUGGCCUAAAACUGCUGAAAAUGAAGCUGUUUUUUACCAGCGGAUUCUGGUUUCAUGACAGGAAUCAAGAAGCAGAAUAAGAAUCAAUAAAACCAAAAAUGAAUUUCAAAGUUCAGAUUCAAAGAGCUAAGAAUGAAACCUCAGUGUGUCUCUAGUUUAAAAAUGGUCAGACAUUUCUAAAGAUCACAGCUGUUGCAUCUGGUCCUCUCCUCUCAGUCUCAGGAGCUUCCUGUGUCUUAGGUUUGUACAUAUGUUUUAAAGUUUUUAUUUUAGAGUAUAGUGAAAAGUAAACACAAGAGGUUAGCACUGUUAUUAAGCAUUUCUGAAGCUUCACUAAAGUCUUGUUACAGCAGCUGUAACAAUUUCAACUUGUUUUCUAGAGCAGUUACAAAAAGCUGUAACAGUCAGAGGCAGUAUGGCAAAUUACAGUAAAAUGUUAAUGAAACAAAGCUUAUGAACAGGGUAACGCUUCGCUAACGCUUUGUGCCUUGACGCAGGGCUGCUGGAAGUUGCAUAACAUUUUGGGUAAAACCAGCUAAUCUUAAAUAUUUCAGGUGUGGCUUACCGUACUUUAAAAAGGAUUUACUGGUUCUUCUAAAGGUCCUUUGAAGAUCCACUGUGUAUUUGAGGGUUCUUCAUGUGCCAUCAUGAAAAGCGUUCCGAAGGAGUUCCUCAGGGAAGCGUCUCGGAUCCCCUGAUGUUUACAGUCUGAGAAGCUCCUUGUGUUUCCUCAGAUCUUUUUCUUGUGUUUCAGAGUUUAUGGUUCCGUUGCCAUUAGGUGCCUUUACACUCACAAAAUAUGCAACGUUAUGAUAGAGCUAUGAGUGUAACUGAAGCUGUAAAUAUCAAAGAGGCGACCUUCUGUCUUCUGGACAGAACAAAGAGUUUUCCAACAGUUUAAAGAUUUUAGAUUUUUGUUUUCUGAACAUAACAUGAAGAAAAUAAUAUAAAAUUCUUCAUUUUACAGAUUGAAGGUUGAAUUCAUAAUGAAACAUGCUUGAUUUGUUACACACUCGUUGUGGUGUGACCAGCAACAUGCAGAGGCAAGUCUUAGCUAAUGUAUACGUAUCAUAUUAUUAACCUAUUCUGUCCUGUUGAGUAUUAUGUGAGAGUCAUUUAACUGGUUUUAUUCUUCAUGUGUAAAUCUAAAUAAAGUGCAAUUUAUUUUAAAA